AUGAACCAUCCUAGCAACAACACGCAGGCCGUCAAGUUGACUGGCGAAGAGGUGGCCAAGCACAACAAUGCCGACUCGUGUUGGGUCAUCGUCCACGGACGCGCCUACGACGUGACAGAAUUUCUGCCCGAGCACCCUGGUGGUCCCAAGAUCAUCNNCCUCAAGUAUGCUGGAAAGGAUGCCUCGGAAGAGUACGACCCCAUCCACCCUCCCGACACCCUCGACAAGUUCCUGGACAAGAGCAAGCACUUGGGCGAGGUCGACAUGAACACCGUCCAGCAGGAGACGAAGGAGGAGGAUCCUGAUGAGGCCGAAAGACAAGAAAGAAUCAAGCGCAUGCCUAUUCUUGAGCAGUGCUACAACCUGAUGGACUUUGAAGCUGUUGCUAAGAGAGUCAUGAAGAAAACAGCAUGGGCAUACUAUUCUUCGGGUGCAGACGACGAGAUUACGAUGCGUGAGAACCACAGCGCCUUCCACAAGAUCUGGUUCCGACCCAAGAUUCUGGUCGAUGUUGAGAACGUCGAUAUGUCGACAACCAUGCUGGGCACCAAAGUCAGCAUGCCUUUUUAUGUGACAGCAACUGCUCUUGGCAAGCUUGGAAACCCCGAGGGUGAAGUCGUCUUGACUCGCGGCGCAAAGAAGCACAAUGUCAUUCAGAUGAUUCCCACUUUGGCAUCUUGCUCUUUCGACGAGAUCAUGGAUGCUGCUGAGGGUGAUCAGGUUCAAUGGCUUCAACUCUACAACAGAGAAAUCACAAAACGCAUCAUCGAGCACGCUGAAAAGCGUGGCUGCAAGGGUCUGUUCAUUACGGUUGAUGCUCCUCAACUUGGCCGCCGCGAGAAGGAUAUGCGUUCUAAAUUCUCCGACGUUGGCAGUAACGUCCAAAACACUGGUGGCGACAAUGUUGACCGUAGUCAAGGUGCCGCUAGAGCUAUUUCCUCNUUUAUCGAUCCUUCGCUCUCCUGGAAGGAUAUUCCUUGGUUCAAGAGCGUCACCAAGAUGCCCAUCCUGCUCAAGGGUGUUCAAAGAGUUGAGGACGUAAUCAGAGCUGUUGCCGCAGGUGUCGAUGGUGUCGUUCUGUCAAACCACGGAGGUCGCCAGCUCGAUACAUCACGAUCUGGUAUCGAGAUUCUUGCCGAGACAAUGCCCGAGUUGCGUCGUCUGGGUCUCGAAGACAAGAUCGAAGUUUAUAUCGAUGGUGGAAUCCGUCGUGCCACAGAUAUUCUCAAGGCUCUUUGUCUCGGUGCAAAGGGUGUAGGUAUUGGUCGUCCUUUCUUGUAUGCCAUGUCAGCAUACGGUUUGCCUGGUGUCGACCGUGCUAUGCAGCUUCUCAAGGACGAGAUGGAGAUGAACAUGCGCUUGAUCGGCUGCAACAGCGUCGAUCAGCUGACCCCUGAGCUUGUGGAUGUUCGCAGUUUGCACACGCACACCGCGCCUGUUGCGCCAGACACACUCAGUGUUGCAGCAUACGAUCCUUUGGCUGGUCCCAAGGAGAGAUUGGCCAAACUUGGCUUCGAGACUGGAGAUAUAGGCCAGGGCUUCUACGAUCGUAACCUCGUUCGCGACGUCUACGUCGGCGACAUUAGGUGUCGACGCCGCAAGUUAGAAACAUGA